AUGGGUAUCGGCUCUUGGAAACAUGCUUCAUCUGUGAUCAUUUAUAGUAAAACAACUCAGAGAAUACUUAUGAUGAAGAGAGGAGCAGGGGCCAAAUUUAUGCCGAACGCACUGGUUUUUCCAGGAGGAGUGGCGACUCCAGCUGAUGAGAAACUAGGACCGGCUACUCGUGUUGCAGCUCUUCGUGAAGUUUUUGAAGAAACGGGUUUGUUAGCUACAUCCUCAGGCAUAGAAUCUUCCCUCUCGAACCCGGAGUUGUCGAAAAUUCAAGAGUCUGUGAAGAAAGACGCAGGACUCUUUAAAACCGUUUUUUCUGAGAAAGCUUUGUCUGAUCUCAUACCCUGGAGAUGUUGGCUGACACCUGCCUCUCUACCAAAAAGAUUCAUGACAGAUUUCUACAUGCUUCAAGUUGAAGGCGAACCCGAAAUUAGAAUGUGUGAAGACGAAAUGGUUGGGUACAGCUGGAGUUCCUCUGAAGAUUUUUUGAAAGAAGCUACUCUUGGACAUGUGGCACUUCCACCUCCUCAGGUUUACGAACUUACAAAAAUUAAAUCUAUGAAAACGGUUUCGCCUAUGACAGAUCCUGGUUUCGUAAUCUGUCCGCAGACGAUCAAAUGGACUGAGGGAGGCAAGCUGACCAAUCUCCUACCUGGUGAUCAUUUAUAUCAAGAAGGAAAUGCAUAUGAAGUACCAAUGCGUUCGAUGUCUCCCAAAGAUAUCGAAGUGGACUGUCAUAAGCCAACACAUAGAAUCGAAUACUUAGUAAAGCCAAUUUGGGGAAAAAGUAAGCUAUUUCAUCAUGGCCUAGUUUCCCCAUACGAUACCUUAUUCCCAAAUUAA